CGGAUCGUGUUCCGGGUACGGAUCAGGUACCGACAGCGACUCCGCGAGAGAGGAUUCUGAUAGAGAUGGAGCUGCUCGAUAUUGAACAGCAAAUGCUUUUGAUAGAAAUGUUGCAACGCAGACGAAAGAGGAUUCGUAGGAGGUGGAGUGUUCGGCCUCUGAACGAGUCCAGGCAGGAGACGGGCGAGUUCGCCACACUCGCUCAACCGCUGCGGGAGCCUGGCGGGAGCGAGAAGCACUUCAGGUAUUUCGGGAUGUCGGUCGCUCGGUUCGACGACCUGGUCAGCCGCUUGCGACCUUUCAUCCGGCAUCAGAUGACGCACAACAUGCCCGUUGAGUUAGAGCAGAGACUGGCGGUGAGUCUGAGACUUCUAACUUCAGGUUUAAGCCAAAAGACUGUGGCGGCGAGCUACCAGCUGGCUUCCAGCACGGUGUCCGCAGUCUUCACGGAGGUGUGCAAAGCGCUGUGGAAGGCUCUGCAGCCACAGUUUCUGCCCUCUCCGUCAACGAGCAUGUGGACGGACAUAGCAACCGAUUAUUGGAAGAUAUGGGAUUUCCCGAACUGCGUCGGAAGCCUCGAGGGGAGGAAGGUAACCAUCAGGGCGCCGCACCCUCUUAUUUUGACUGCUACGUGCGAUGCCAGGUAUCGCUUCACCGCAGUGCACGUGGGAGCCAGUGGAAGCAACGACGGGGCUUUCGAUGAGAGCGGAUUUGGGUCGAUGCUGCUCGAGCACAAGCGGAACCUGCCCCCACCAGCUGACCUUCCCGGGACCACUGUCAAGACUCCCCAUGUGCUGGUUGGUGACGCUGCCUUCCCCCUGCUCAGCAACCUCAUGCGGCCGUUUCCAGGAGCGGAUCUGACUAGAGACAAGCAGGUGUACAACUACCGCCACUCCAGAGCCAAGCGGGUCAUCGAGAACGCCUUCGGCAUCAUGGCAGCAAGAUGGAGAAUUCUUGGAAGACCUUUUGAGUUUCAGUCAAACAAAUCAAUUGAUGUGUUGAGGGCCUGUGUGGUCCUACACAACUACCUCACAUACACUGAUGAGGCGAACAGCCCAGAGAGUUGCUACAUACCACAAGGAUUUGCUGACACUGAUGGCUGUGCUGGAUCCAUUCAGCCUGGCGACUGGCGAAGAGUGGUGGAAGGACACUCGAACUUUGUGGAUCCUGUUGAUAACUCUCGAAUGACCGGAGACCAACCUACCAAAGCUGCAAUGGCUGUGAGGAGUGAUUUAACAGCUUUCUUUCAGUCGCCACAUGGUACUGUACCAUGGCAGAACUAAAUGUCCUCCCAUGGAACACUUGGACAGUAAAGCAUCUGCAAUUUGUAAAUAAACAGCUCAUUGUUUCUAAACAAAUUGAGUUUUAUUUCUUGUGCAGUGAAUUAGCAAACAAGGUGCAAUGAAUACUGUAUGUCUGAAUAUACAUAUUAGGCUAGAUAAACUACAACUAACUCACAACUAUUUUAUGUAUGAAACUAGAAAAAAAAUUAAUUGAACUGUUUCUAAAAUCCAGUGAACGUCCAAGAUGCUGUGUGAGAUCAGUUUCUAUUAUUGAGGCAAAGAAAGCAAACAGCUGGAUCUGCCCCAAAAACAAGCUAUCAUAAACAAUCGAAACUAUGGAGCAUCUUCUAAUUCCUUUCAUUUUAACUUCUCGAUAGUCUUAUUUAAUUCCAGCAGAAAUUAACAUAGUUGGAUUCUCUGAUUGUUUCAUACGUAUGUGUGUCUGGCUGCUGCAGUUCUGUCCCUGUGGCUCAAUAUCUGUUAGAUUGCUUUUCCUGUAAAACUCCUUCACUACAGUGAGUAUUUUAUUUUAAUAUAAGAUUUGCAUAAGAUUUUAAGCUGUUCCUUGAAAAUGUAAUAUUACAACAUACAUUUCUAAAAAUGUAGUCUUUUAAAUUUUCAUUUUUCUUCAUAAGGUACGGUUAUUUUUUUCCUGAUUAUUUUUUUGUGCUUCUAUUUUUACAUAAAUAAUCCAUUUAGUCAGG